AUGAGAACAACAUACAGAAAUGUCUCUUACGACGGAUCUGACGGCGGCCGCAUCGUCUGUAAAGCAGUGGGAUUUGCGGACUACUGCUCUGAGGAGAAGUCCAUUGCAGAGACAGCUACGGGAGGCGACAAAAAGAAGGUUUGGGUGACUUGGAAGUCUGUUGCGAAAUGCCACAAAUCAAAGAAGGGAAAAGCCAAGAUCAAAGUAGACACUAAGAAGAAGGGGAACGUCUCCUUCAUACUUACCAUGGAUAACCAGGCUGACUUGGAAGGAUUCCAUCAAAAGAUUGAACAUCAACUGAACGAACAACAACAAACACCCAGUCGUAGCAGUACUAGCGAGGCGCUGGUUGUUGACACAGCUGUAGUAGGUGCAGGCGUUGCUGGUGAACAGGACGCGGAAGGCAAGAAGCCGAAUACUGGCACUGUUGCGACCGCAAGUUUAAGUGAUGGUAUUGCUGUCCCUACAACUACGAGUGCCACACCAGGUAUUGAACAUCGACUGAACGAACAACAACAAACGCCCAGUUGUAACAGUACUAGCGAGGCGCUGGUUGUUGACACAGCUGUAGUAGGUGCAGGUGUUGCUGGUGAACAGGAUGCGGAAGGCAAGAAGCUGAAUACUGGCACUGUUGCGACCGCAAGUUUAAGUGAUGGUAUUGCUGUCCCUACAACUACGAGUGCCACACCAGGCAUUGAACAUCGACUGAACGAACAACAGCAAACACCCAGUCAUAACAGUACUAGCGAGGCACUGUUGUUGACACAGCUGUAA